GGAGCCUUGUGUCUCAUCCCCCCAUUUCCUUUGCUUGUGUGGAGAAACAGAAGCACUCGGCCGGGCCUCCAUUGCUGCCCUGCUUGUUCAGAGAGACGAGAGCAUCGAUCCUCCUGAGGGAGAGCAUCGAGGGGCGAAGAUGGCGGGCGGAGGGUUCUCGGUGUCGUCGUCGGCCGGCACGGAGUUCGAGGCCAAGAUCACGCCGAUCGUCAUCAUCUCCUGCAUCAUGGCGGCCACCGGCGGGCUCAUGUUCGGCUACGACGUCGGCAUCUCAGGUGGCGUGACAUCCAUGGACGAUUUCCUGCGUGAGUUCUUCCCGGCGGUGCUUCGCAGGAAGCAGCAGGACAAGGAGAGCAACUACUGCAAGUACGACGACCAAGGUCUGCAGCUCUUCACUUCGUCGCUGUAUCUCGCCGGCCUCACGGCCACCUUCUUCGCCUCCUACACCACCCGCCGCCUCGGCCGCCGCCUCACCAUGCUCAUCGCCGGCGUCUUCUUCAUCGUCGGCGUCAUCUUCAAUGGCGCUGCACAGAACCUGGCCAUGCUCAUCGUCGGCAGGAUCCUGCUCGGCUGUGGCGUCGGUUUUGCCAACCAGGCCGUUCCCCUGUUCCUGUCCGAGAUCGCGCCGACGAGGAUCCGCGGCGGGCUCAACAUCCUGUUCCAGCUCAACGUCACCAUCGGCAUCCUCUUCGCCAACCUCGUCAACUCCGGCACCAGCAAGAUCCACCCAUGGGGCUGGCGCCUAUCCUUGUCCCUGGCGGGCAUCCCGGCGGGCAUGCUCACCCUGGGCGCGCUCUUCGUGACGGACACGCCCAACAGCCUGAUCGAGCGCGGCCGCCUCGACGAAGGCAAGGCGGUGCUGAAGCGGAUCCGUGGCACGGACAACGUGGAGCCCGAGUUCAACGAGAUCGUGGAGGCGAGCCGGAUCGCGCAGGAGGUGAAGCACCCGUUCCGGAACCUCCUGCAGCGCCGGAACCGGCCCCAGCUGGUCAUCGCCGUGCUCCUCCAGAUCUUCCAGCAGUUCACGGGCAUCAACGCCAUCAUGUUCUACGCGCCCGUGCUCUUCAACACGCUGGGCUUCAAGAGCGACGCGUCGCUCUACUCGGCCGUGAUCACGGGCGCCGUCAACGUGGUUUCCACGCUGGUUUCGGUCUACUGCGUGGAUCGCGUGGGCCGGAGGGUGCUGCUGCUGGAGGCCGGCGUGCAGAUGUUCCUGUCGCAGGUGGUGAUCGCCGUGGUGCUGGGGAUCAAGGUCACGGACCGGUCCGAUAACCUGGGCCAUGGGUGGGCCGUAUUGGUGGUGGUCAUGGUGUGCACCUACGUGGCCUCGUUCGCCUGGUCAUGGGGCCCGUUGGGCUGGCUCAUCCCCAGCGAGACGUUCCCGCUGGAGACCCGCUCCGCGGGGCAGAGCGUCACCGUCUGCGUCAACCUGCUCUUCACCUUCCUCAUCGCGCAGGCGUUCCUCUCCAUGCUCUGCCACCUCAAGUACGCCAUCUUCAUCUUCUUCUCCGCCUGGGUGCUCGUCAUGUCGGUGUUCGUGCUCUUCUUCCUCCCGGAGACCAAGAACGUGCCCAUCGAGGAGAUGACCGAGAAGGUGUGGAAGCAGCACUGGUUCUGGAAGCGCUACAUGGACCACGACAACCACCACGUCGUCAACGGCAAGAACAACACCAUCAACAACGCCGCCGUUUGAUUUAAUUAUUAGUUCUCUGUAUCGCCUUCUUUGUUUGUCAUUUCGAGUUGGAAACAUGAUAUAUAUAGAUGCUGAGGUUUAGCGAUCGGUCUCGUGUGUAAGUAAGAUAUGUAGGCACCUCAGUCGCGUGCAAUCACCUAGCACUGCCCUGUAUUCUUGGUGUUCUACAGGCAGCAGUGACGAGUAUUUCAGCGCUUUAAUGUGUUCCCCGGAUAAUGUUUCCCAGCUCCACUAAGAACUCUGAGAUAACACUCUUCA